AUGACUACUCCGUCGAUAUCUCCAGACAACCCCUUCCAGGUGUUGAUCGCCGAGUCAAACGAUGACCCGGCUCAAUUGCAAUCGCGAUAUGAAACCCAUCGCACGGAUCGGAAUGCGCAACAGAAGGCGAAGAUUCUAGACAAAGACUUCCCAGGCUGGUCGAUAGAUGAGAUUCUGCGCCGACUUGAUGGACCUGCAAAAGAAGAAGGAUACAUCGAUCCUCGCAACUGCCUCGUCAUCUGGGCCAGACCCCCUCCUCAUAUCCGAGACUUGAUCGCAUUCGUUCAGAGCGAAUUGAAAGAUGUUGCUCCAUCUCUUUGGACCAUGCCGCCUGAUAAUCUCCACACCACCGUUCUGGAGGUGGCCCAUUCUUUGACGGAGAACCAGAUUGAAGAGCUUAUCCAAACCUUAGAAUCCUCAAAGAAUGUCACCGCAGCGGACAUUUCUGGGUAUCCCCUCAAUCAUCGAACCCGAAUUUUGAGGCCUAUGGUGAGCUUUGACUCCGCUGCACUUGCUCUUAGCUUCGUUCCUGCCGCAGGCGAAGGCUCAGCCGGUGUUUCCGAGGACCAUGAUGAUCAAUACACAUAUCACCAUCUACGCCGGGACAUCUUCGACUUGGUUCGACAAACGGGUCUCCCCGUUGCUUCGCGCUAUAUCGUUCCCUCGGCUCACGUCACCAUCGCACGGUUCAUCAACCUUGACGGAUUUCUCAUCAAUGAAGCAGAAAGUGGAGAAGUUAUCGAUCCUUCUCAAGUCAAAGUACUGAUUGAUAAGAUUGACCGCAUCAAUGAAAUUUUGGCAAGCCAGUAUUGGCCACAGGCUGACGGUAGCUAUCCGAAAGAAGGCGAAUGGGUUGUCGGGCAGGAUCAGGAACUUGUGAUCCGGAGGGGCCGUCUUUGGUAUGGAGGGGGUCAAGACGUAUAG